GCGGAGAUCUCUGCUGAGACAGCCGCGUUGGUGAGAGAGAACCAGGAAAAGGACAAGACGGAGCUUUUCUGUGCUAGAGAGAUAGCGCUUCUCAGGGGCACCCAAACCCCUCUUUCUCUCUCUCUCUCUCUCUCUCUCUCUCUCUCUCUCUUUCUCUGCCUCUCAUAGAGCUUUUCAUUAAUCCACGCUGUAGGAAAAUUAUGAUGCUGUUGCUGUCGGUGACACUGGUGUCCCGGUGAUGGUGAUGCCGAUCUGUGGGCAAGGCUGCUCCCGGUGAGGGAGGCAUACCAGUACCCCGCUGGCCCUGGAGAAUUCAGACCCUACCCGACUGAGGGACCCCCUGCAGCAGGAUACUGACUAUCGCGGGGUGUACAGAGCGGAGGGCGCGGCUGCAUGUCCGCCGGCGCAGACGCGCUUUGGACGAAGACCCGCUGGUGGGAUCCCACUCCCGACCAGCGAAGCCACAGCCGGCGGGCCGCCCCCAGUGACCUUUCCAUCGUCGAGCUGGGAUGACACGAACGCCCCUCGGCUUCAGGCCACACCACUUCCAGGCAUAAUCGGGAGCCCCAGCGCACGCCCACACACCCCAGCCGGAGAGAUGGGCGACGGCAGCUGGGUGUGCCUCAGCCCGGCUGAGUUUACGCAGCUGCAGCAGUACAGCGAGUAUUCCACAAAGAAGUUAAAGGAUGUUCUGGAAGAGUUUCACGGGGAUGGGAUCCUCUCCAAGUACAACCCCGAGGAGAAGCAAGAUGUUCUCAGCCAACCCAUCGACUAUGAGGGCUUCCAGCUCUUUAUGAAGACCUACCUGGAGAACGACAUUCCCCAGGAGCUAUGCGAACACCUCUUCACCUCCUUCAAGAGCAAGACGGGGCAGGGCUCACCCGCGGGCCCCCAUGCCAGCCUGGGGCUGCUGGGGAUGAAUGGGAAAAGCAUUCGAAUGGCAAUGUGCCGGCAUGGUCCUGAUCAGGGGGCGGCCGUGCCGACUGGUUCUGGCGUCUCUGCCUCCCCCUGCUCGUCACGCUCGUCCUCCCUGCACUCCGGGACAGGAGGACACACCCCGGGGGGGGCACACCAGUCACCCUGUGCCCAGGGAAAAGACCUCAGGGGUGGCUGUACUGCCCUGCCCACAGCCCAGUCGCCAGAGCAGAAUAACGUGGAAACGUCAGGGAAGGGAGCCCCCUUGCCGUCGCCCGGCCAGGUCGUCUUUCUGAAGGACAUAGUGUGCUACCUGUCCCUGCUGGAGCGGGGUACUCCAGAGGACAAACUGGAGUUCAUGUUCCGGCUUUAUGACACAGAUGGUAAUGGCCUAUUGGACAGCUCGGAGCUGGACCGCAUCAUCAAUCAGAUGGUCCAUGUGGCAGAAUACCUGGAGUGGGACUCCACGGAGCUGCAGCCGAUCCUGAAGGAGAUGAUGGAGGAGAUCGAUUACGACCGGGAUGGGACAGUCACCCUGGAGGAGUGGAUCAGAGGGGGCAUGACCACAAUCCCACUGCUGGUGCUGCUGGGCAUGGAGACCAACAUGCAGGAGGACGGACAGCACGUGUGGAAACUGAAGCACUUCAACAAGCCAGCCUACUGCAACUACUGCAACAGCAUGCUGCUGGGGGUGCGAAAGCAGGGCCUCUGCUGCUCCCUAUGCAAGUACACAGUUCAUGAACGCUGUGUGUCCAGAAACAUCACCCCCUGCAUCAGCACCUAUGCCAAGUCCCGUAGGCACACCAACGCUAUGCAGCACGUGUGGAUGGAGGGGAACUCGACCACCAAGUGCGACCGCUGUCACCGCAGCAUGAAGUGCUACCAGGGCCUGACUGCUCUGCACUGUGUGUGGUGCCAUGUUACUCUGCACAACAAGUGUGCUUCUAACAUAAAGCCCGAGUGUGACGGGGGUGGGCUGAAGGACCACAUCCUACUUCCCUCAUACAUCUGCCCUCUGGUGCUGGAUCGUCAGUCUGCAGCGAAGCGCAGUGAUGGAGAGUCCCCUCCCAGCGCCAGCCCUGAAGACACCAGCAUGAGCUUCAAGUUCACCGGAGAGGGACGUGGCCUUCAGAUCAGCCCACUGCCGGGGACACACCCCCUCCUGGUCCUGGUGAACCCUAAGAGCGGUGGGCGACAGGGCGAGAGGGUGUUGCGGAAAUUCCAGUACCUCCUGAACCCACGACAGGUGUACAGUCUGGACCGCGGAGGGCCAAUGAUGGGGCUCAGCUUCUUCCAUGACGUCCCCGAUUUCCGAGUGCUGGCGUGCGGCGGUGACGGCACCGUCGGCUGGAUCCUGGACUGCAUCGACAAGGCCAACUUUGCCCACCACCCGCCAGUGGCUAUCCUGCCCCUAGGCACUGGGAACGAUCUGGCUCGCUGUCUGCGUUGGGGCGGAGGCUACGAGGGCGGCAACCUGCUCCGCGUCCUGCGGGAUAUUGAGCACAGCGCUGAGGUGAUGCUGGACCGCUGGAACAUCGACAUCAUCCCCGACGACAAGGAGGCGAAGGGUGACCCUGUGCCCUACAGCAUCGUCAACAACUACUUCUCCAUUGGAGUGGACGCCUCCAUCGCCCACCGGUUCCACCUAAUGAGGGAGAAACACCCGGAAAAGUUUAACAGCAGAAUGAAGAACAAGCUGUGGUAUUUUGAGUUUGGCACCACAGAGACCAUCUCCGCCACGUGUAAGAAGCUGAACGAGAGUCUGGAGGUGGAGUGCGAUGGCAUCAUCCUGGACCUCAGCAGCACCUCCCUGGAAGGCAUUGCCAUCCUCAACAUUCCCAGCAUGCAUGGUGGCUCCAACCUGUGGGGCAAGAGCAAGAAGAGGCGGAACUACAGCCGCAUGAGCAAGAAGGUGCCAGAGAGGGCGCCAGCGAGCACAGUCACCGAUGCCAAAGAGCUGAAAUUCUGUAUACAGGACCUGAGCGAUCAGCUCCUGGAGGUGGUGGGGCUGGAGGGGGCCAUUGAGAUGGGACAGAUCUACACAGGGCUGAAGAGUGCCGGCCACAGACUGGCUCAGUGCUCCAACAUCACCAUCAGGACGUCUCGUCUCCUGCCUAUGCAGAUCGACGGGGAGCCCUGGAUGCAGCCCCCGUGCACGAUUAGGAUCACGCACAAGAAUCAGGUGCCCAUGCUGUUUGGACCAUCACUGAAGACUUCCUUCUUCUUCUGGAGGCGCAACCAGAGUCGGGACUAGAGGGGUGGAGAUACAGACAUUGGGCAGAAUCGCCAGAAAAAACUGCCAGCUGAUUGGUCAAUGCUCAUGGAGGCGGAGCUUCAGUUUUGAUAGCAGAAACAACGGAAUUUAGUUUGUCAGACUUCUCAUCACCUCCUGGACAGAAACAGAAUCCAGACACAAAAACCUGCCACAAACCCCCCCUGAGCGCCACAGGUGGAGCCCCCUGCCUUUUAGAUGAUUGUCCUUGUAUCUGCCCGGUUCCCUGUCCUCCCUUUAUACUGGCCACUGCGCCCUUUGUCCGUGUCACAGCUAUGUGUAGCGACAUGUUGAGGGGGCAGCUUUUUACUAACAGAUACUGCCACAGUCUUGACAGGCUGACCAUGUUACCAGGGAAAGUCGUUAAGAAUUACAGUGAACAAGAAAUUCAUCACAUUGACGAUGCUCCACCAGUUACAGGGGUGUCCUGGGGUGGAAGUCAGGUUGGGGGGAGGUGGGGGGGGUGUCUACUGGCUCAGUGAGAAUAGGGCUGAAGGAUAACGAAUUUAGUCCAAGCUCUGAUUCCUAGUACAUCUUACAGUUGGGAGGACACAGCAGACAAGCUGUGGUUGCCUGAGGUUUACUGAGCUGAGUAGUGGGGCUCAUAGCAGGCAGGAGGCUGGCCAGAGAGUCAGUGUUUGUUUGGUGACUCUGCAGAGUGUAACUAGCAUGUGUGCCCAAUGCAGACCAUGUUGAGAGGACCCUAUGUUGCCAUACUGAACGAGUGGGUGGAUUUUUUUUUUAUUUUUUUUUCCUUUCCUGAGCCAAAAAUCUGUGACCAGGCAUAGAGGAAAAGACCCUGGGAGGCUUUAAAUCACUGCGCAUCUGAUGUGUGACUCACUGCCUCGCAGCGUUCAGGAAUGUGUCGUCCCUUAUUGAUGUCUCCUUCAUUACGCCAGGGCAGGUGGGAAAAGUUCCCCCCCCCUCGGAGGAUGCUGGCAGGUUUGGGGUCCUGGUGCCAAAGAACCCACCUGUCCCACUCGGCUGUUCCACUGGCACGAGCAGUGAGUCCAGCCGGGCCAGGCCCGCGGUCCUGGAGAACGCCAGAUGGCUGUGGACGAUGCUAAGUUCCUGUCCCAAGAUGAUCGGGGAUAAUCCACAGGGGAAUGGGGCCACGUUUUAGCUGUGAACUGGCUUCUUCGCCUUUCGGGCUCUGCACUGCAACGACGGUGCGAGGUCGCCCCGGAGACAGCGAAUUAAAGGCACAGUGCUUUUAUAUCGCUUUAACAUCGUCGAGCAGAUGAAGGAGAGUCACCAAUAUGUAACUGCUGUCCGGAUCUUUCUGUACGUGACCUCCCUGAUAUCCCAGUCCCUGCUUAACAUGCUCGGGACAAUGCAGCACAAAUACUGCCCCUACAGAAUCAUUCAUUAACGGUACUAUAGCGUUUCAUUCUAAUAUUGUAAAAUCAUCAAGCAGUAUUUCAGAUGGAGGUUAUCACUAGCUGAGUGCGUAUUACUAUAUUAGUUACAUUCACAUUAAUCAAUCCAGCAACAUGAAAAUAUACUGGGAGCAGCCUGAAAUUUCCAAAGCACUCAAUGUAAAUGUCGUUCUUUACAAGGGGUCAAUGGGCCAGUAUUCUGAAAGGGAGUCAGCAUUAGACUGAUAUAUUAACCUGUCAUAUUAGAUACCAGAAAGGGAAUGAAAGAAGAUACAGUGCAUAUAUCACAUUACCCUGUCAGAACCGAUCACAUGUCUAAUGAUAAGUCAUCUACUUGCCUAUAUUAUGUUUGUAUAAAUAGGAAACGUAUAACACACAGACGUGAUGCUAUUUUAUGAUAAACGUGCAUUGUGCACUAAGCUGUAUGUUUACCGAGCAGUAAGAAGGUAUUUCACAGGUGCCCUGGCCUGUGAAACCACCAACCUUUCCUGCAGGAACAAGCAAACGGCAAACUUUGUACAGAAUAACACAAAAGGCGACUGAAUGUUGAGCCUGGCGGCAGUCUGGGGUCUCGGCCCCCGUGGCCGCCCGCUUCCCUUUAAGGCCGUCCGCUUCCCUUUAAGGGCGCUACGCAGCGGAGUGCCACACAAAGACUGUAAAUAAUGGGUCCGCUGGGCGGCUGUGUGACUGGCCUGUAAAGGAGCAGUUGCAGGAACACUUUUCACAUUGCGCUCCCAAACACAGCGAGUACCGGAAGGCACCGCUCCAUUACAUGGGUUGAUAUCAAUAUCCAUAUCAAGUAUAUCUCCGUUACGGGCUCCCGAAAUGAGGCCGUGGGGUGAACUGAUGAUGGCCCUUUAUCUACGGCCCCUGAUUUUAGAGGAGUGUGCCAUCCAGUAACCAACGUGCAUGUUUACAAUGACAUUUUUGUUAAGGGUGGGAAUGGUUUUAAAUCCUCAUUUGGACAGCUGUUUGUCUUGACGGUCCAGUGCCAUACAUUUACUGGGAGGAAUACCAUGGCGUUUCUGUGAUGAGUAUGUCUCUCAUGAGCAUUUUUGAGUCAUGUCCCGCAUUAUGUCUCGCCCUCUGUCUGUUAGAGCUGUAACGCUGCCUUUCUUAGUGUUAAGCAGGCUAAACAACAAGUGUCUGACUCAGCAGGUCUGUAUCGGUUAUGUAUCCAUCCUCCUAACGACUAACAGACCUGCUUAGAGACGCUCAACCCCUGACCACAUGUGUCCGUGUGACUGUCUUUAGUGACCCUAUGUUCUUCCUGAGCCUUAACUGAUCGAUUUCAGCCACUCUAGUUGAUACGAGCAAGAAUCAAAAACUGAGUCAACGCGAUGGCAGGAGAUGAGGCAGCUUUGUCUCAUUCGCAAUAACUUUGAGCCUGGGGCUAUUUGGCCGAGCCCAGUCUGUGCUGCGGUCCUGCGACUAUCAUUUCUAAAACCCCCGAGCCUGAUGCAACUCGUCGUUUCCGCUCUAGAACAGCAGACCGGUGACAGUCGCAGGGAUAUGACAGUCCUGUGGGCCGCCAACAUUAUGUCAGCUCUCUCAUCGACCUGUCACAUGCAUCGUAGCUGCCUUUGCUCUCGCAUCUGGACACGUGCCAACGUUCUCGGGAUGAACCAGGCUGCUUCCGGCAUCCUUUCACGCCUGCGAGGGGGCUCAUCAGUCGGGGUGUCUCGCUGAUUUGUGGAGACUUCCAACCUCGACCUCCUCUGCGGAAUUUUACUCAGGCACCGACGCGGCCAGCGGGGGUCCUAACAGAUGACCUUUCCUGUCUCUGUUAUUCUGGCCUUUGUUGGAGCUGUUUCACUGGAGCAGCAUGCUUUUUGUGGCAUGUACCAUCCUAUUUUUGGAAAUGGACGGCUUAAGUUGAUUAAGUGACAUCAGUGGCAGAGGGGCCUAACAAAAUCCAUAUCAUUCCUGAGCAUAAUGUUCUCCUGUCUGUGUAAACCAUGUGUGUUUAGGGUGCACUGUUUAGCCAUCUGCCUGUGUAGCGACAAGGAAAACCUGGGGAAUAGAUUCAUAAAUAAAAGGAGCAAAAUGAAAUGAA